CCGCGGAGUGAUGGUCUUAAAAUGAAACGGUGCUGCGAGGGCGUCGGGCUGCCAUGCCUGUUUAAGGGUGUUGGUAUGGCCAGCUCCCGGCCUCCCAAAUACCUCCUCGUCUUCGAUUUCGACGAGACCAUCAUCAACGAGAACAGCGAUGACUCCAUCGUCCGGGCGGCGCCAGGGCAGGCGCUUCCAGAGCACAUCCGACAGACGUUCCGCGAGGGCUUCUACAACGAGUACAUGCAGCGCGUCCUGGCAUACAUGGGGGACCAGGGGGUCAAGAUGGGGGACUUCAAGACUGUCUACGAGACCAUCCCCCUGUCCCCUGGCAUGCCAGACCUCUUCCAGUUCCUCUCCAAGAACCACGAGCUCUUUGAGAUCAUCCUCAUCUCUGAUGCCAACAUGUUCGGCAUCGAAAGCAGUCUGAGGGCAGCCGGUUUCUACUCCCUCUUCCGUAAGAUCUUCAGCAACCCGUCCGGCUUUGACAAGAGGGGGUACUUCACCUUGGGGCCCUACCACAGCCACAAGUGCCUUGACUGCCCGGCCAACAUGUGCAAACGCAAAAUCCUAACGGAAUACCUGGCGGAGAGAGCCCAGGAGGAGGUGGAGUUCGAGAGGGUCUUCUACGUGGGAGAUGGUGCCAAUGACUUCUGCCCUUCCGUGACUUUGACUUCAGCUGACGUGGUUUUCCCGCGGAAGGGUUACCCCAUGCACCGCAUGACCCAAGAGAUGGAGAAGAAACAGCCUGGAGCCUUCCAGGCCACCGUCGUCCCCUGGGAGUCGGCUGCAGAGGUCGCCCGCUAUCUCCAGGAGGUCCUCAAGAAGAAGUGUUGAGGGUGGCUCAGAAGACACUCGCGCACUGUAAGCGGCUGGGAAAGGAGAAGCCUUGCGGGGGGGGUGACACCCUGUACCCCACCUUCGUCGGCACUGCUCGCUCGGCCCCCGCUCCUGGGUUGCGUUCCUGCCUUUCCUCUCCGAGCUCGUCGCUCCCCGGUGAUUCAAGCACUUUCUCUGGGUCCCCCCCUUUCUCCUUCCCCCCGCCACGUUGAGAUGAAGCCUUCUCU